UUACAUUCUCCAGUUAGGCUAAUACCAUAACCCAUCGGGCAUUGCAUAUCUCAAGUUGGCCAGCUUCUUUCUCCAACAUCUAUUGGAAGUCUCUGAAAAAAAAAAAAACCACAAAAACCAAAGUUUGUGUUCCACAAGAGGCAGGAGAACAAGGGUCGAUGAGGCCACCAACCACAGCCCUUUACCUCCUCCUCUCCUUUCUUCUCUCCUCUCUAGUACUCCAUACCCCCACCUUUGCCAUAAAAAAGUCAUAUGUGGUAUACCUGGGAUCACACUCACAUCCCCCAAACUUGUCAGAACGUGAACUAAACCAAGUCACAGACAAUCACCAUGAGUUUCUUGGUUCCUUCUUGGGCAGCCAUGAAGUUGCAAAAGAAUCCAUGUUUUACUCAUACACAAGGCACAUCAAUGGCUUUGCUGCUACACUAGAAGAAGAAGACGCAGUUCAGAUUGCUAAUCAUCCAAAGGUAGUCUCAGUAUUCUUGAACCAGGGAAGAAAAUUACACACAACUCGAUCGUGGGAUUUCUUGGGACUUGAGCAAGAUGAUGUUGUUUCACCCAAUUCAAUCUGGAAGAAGGCAAGAUACGGUGAAGAUUCAAUCAUAGGAAACCUUGAUACUGGAGCAUUGCUGAUGACCCUAGUGUUCUUGAAUGGGGUUGUAGGCGCAUGGCCAGAAUCCAAGAGCUUUAGUGAUGAAGGGUAUGGACCGAUUCCAUCCAAGUGGAAAGGAAUCUGCCAAAAUGAGACAGAUUCUGAGUUUCACUGUAAUAGGAAGCUUGUUGGAGCACGAUACUUCAACAAGGGCUAUGCUGCAGCUGCUGGUCCCCUCAACUCCUCCUUCGAUUCACCACGUGACGACGAUGGCCAUGGCUCCCACACCUUGUCAACCGCUGGUGGCAAUUUUGUAACCGGUGCGAGCGUGUUCGGCUUUGGAAAUGGAACAGCAAAGGGUGGAUCACCAAAAGCCAGGGUUGCAGCCUAUAAGGUGUGCUGGUCUCCGGUGAAUGGAAGUGAGUGCUUUCAUGCAGAUAUAUUGGCUGCAUUUGAUGCGGCCAUCGAUGACGGUGUUGAUGUGUUGUCCGUUUCACUGGGUGGAGACCCUACUACAUUCUUCAAUGACAGUGUUUCAAUUGGUGCUUUUCAUGCUGUUAAGCAUGGCAUUGUUGUGGUUUGCUCAGCGGGGAAUUCUGGUCCGGCUGAAGGUACUGUCUCGAAUAUAUCGCCGUGGCAGAUUAUAGUCGGCGCCAGCACUAUGGAUAGGGAGUUUCCGAGUUAUGUCACCCUUGGCAACUGGAAGCACCUCAAGCUACUCAAAUCCAUGGUAAGUUUUAUCUACUUUGUUCUCAAGGGACAAAGCUUAUCGCCUGCUGCCUUGCGGAGCAAGAAAUUUUACCAACUUAUUAGUGCUGCGGAUGCUAAAGCAGCUAAUGCAUCAGCUAAAGAAGCUCUGCUAUGCAAGGCCGGCACGCUUGAUCCUAAAAAAGUGAAGGGAAAGAUCUUGGCCUGCCUGCGAGGGGAAAAUGCAAGAGUGGACAAGGGUGAGCAAGCCUUACUGGCUGGCGCUGUGGGAAUGAUUCUUGCUAACAAUGCUCUUUACGGGAAUGAAAUUGUUUCUGAUCCACAUGUCCUCCCUGCUUCACAUAUCAAUUUCACCGACGGCAUCCUAGUCUUUGCUUAUAUCAACUCAACUAAGUCUCCGCGGGCAUACAUAAAGCGUGCAAUAACGGAACUGGGAACAAAGCCAUCUCCAUGCAUGGCAGCAUUUUCAUCAAAAGGACCCAACACCAUUACACCAGGCAUCCUUAAGCCUGAUAUCACUGCACCUGGAGUGAGUGUCAUAGCAGCCUACACGGAAGCACAAGGGCCAACAAAUCAAAUGUUUGACAAACGGCGAAUUCCAUUCAACUCAGUGUCAGGCACAUCAAUGUCAUGUCCACAUAUUUCCGGCAUUUGUGGCCUUCUUAAAACCCUCUAUCCUCAUUGGAGUCCUGCAGCCAUUAAAUCUGCAAUCAUGACCACCGCGAUAACACGAGAUAACAGCAUGGAACCAUUGCUCAAUGCUUCUUUCUAUGAGGCAACACCAUUUAGUUACGGUGCAGGACAUGUUAACCCAAACAGUGCUGUGGAUCCUGGAUUGGUAUACGAUUUAUCCCUUAACGAUUACUUGAACUUCCUGUGCGCGAUGGGCUACAACGAAACACAAAUUGAAAUGUUUUCAGAGGAUACGUAUGAGUGCCCCAAACCAGCUAUUAGUCCCACUAACCUCAACUACCCCUCAAUCACUGUCCCUAAACUCUCUGGAUCCCUUGAGGUGACUAGAACAGUGAAAAAUGUUGGCUCUCCAGGAACAUAUAAGGCGUAUAUCCAAAGCCCGGAUGGGGUAUCGGUUUCUGUUGAGCCAAAGAAGUUGAAGUUCAAGAAAAUUGGUGAAGAGAAGAGCUUUAAGGUACUCCUGCAGGUUAAAGAAGAAAAACAAGCUAAAAACUAUGUGUUCGGGAAGUUGAUAUGGUCAGAUGGUAAACACUAUGUGAGGAGUCCAAUUGUAGUCAAGGCUUCCUAAGCUAGAAGUAGGCAAAUUGCUUCAGCUUAUUUUACUUCACCUCAAUUUGUUCCACGUUCUUGAGCACUAAGCUAAUGAUUUACAAAAAAUUAGUGUCAAUGAAAAUUAAGAUCAACCGAUCACUUAUAUAUGAAUACUACUGUUAUUACUCA